CAUAAACAUAUAUAAUUUUAUUUAUAUAAUAUUUAAAUAGAUAUUUAAAUAAAUAGUAAAUAAAGAUGAUAUCAAUUGAUUUGGGUUGGGUUAUAUUUGCAGGUUGCAUAUUAUUUGUUAUAGCAUUAAAUUAUAUUGUGGUUAAAUAUUAUUCAGAUAAACAUGAAUCAGAAGCCAUUACAACAAUUAUUGCAGUAAUUGGUUUAACUUUAACAUUAUUAUGUGUAAUGUUAAUUCCAGUCGAUAUAUUAAAUGUUUCUACAAUGUCAAAAAAUGGAACACUAAUUGAUGCAGGAACUAUAGCCUCAAGAACUGAAGGUGUUAAAAUGUUAUAUUAUAUUUUAUAUGGAUCAAUUAUUGGAGUUUCAUUAAUUUUAGUACCAUUUGCAUACUUUUUCUAUGAAGAGUAUGAUGAAAAUAUACCAGUUUGUUCAAGAGUUUAUGCAGGAUGCAAAUAUACAGUAUUUUUUGUUUUGUUUGCAGUUGUUUUAUUAGUAGUUGGAGCAUUUGUUAGACCAGGAAGCAAAUCUAUUGGAAAUGAAAAUAUUGAUCAAUGGAUUAAAGAUGAGGUAUUGAAUCAAAAUGCUGUAGAGUCAUCAUUGUUGUUUGCAAUUGCAUGUUUAACAAUUUUAGGUUUUGCUGUUUGGAUUACUUAUACUGCCUAUGGUCUUUCUGCAUUCCCAAUUGGUUUAAUUAAAGGCAAUAGAAGAACUGACGAUGAUAAAGCUGACUUAAAUAAAGAUUUAUUCAAGACUAGAGAAAAGAGUAGUUUCUAUUCAUCAAAAUAUGCAUCUGGAAAAUCAUUAACAGAAAAAGAGCAAAGCCAUCUUAGUCUAUUAAAAGGUAAAGAAAGAGCCCUCGAAAAAAGAUCAGACCGUUUAGAUAAAGCUGACAGAGGAAUUAAAAAAGUUUUAGUCAUUUUCAGACCAUUUGCUUUUAUUUUUGGUUUCAUUUUCAUCUUAUUAUCAUUCUUAAUUGUUAUCUCAUUAGUUCUCGCAAUCAUUGAUAAGAUCUCAAGUUCAGUUUGUGGUUCAGCAUGUGGUUUCCUCUCAACUUAUCCAAAAUUAAAGAAUCCAUUCGAUAUCGUUUUAUUAGAUUUAGCUCCAUACUUUCCAUUGGACUACAUCUUAUUGGGUGGUUUAAUUUUAUAUAUCUACGUUUGUGCUUUAUCUGGUAUCACUAGAAUUGGUAUUAGAUUCCUUUGGAUCAACAUGUUUGAAUUUAGCUAUCGUAAAACUUUCCCACAAGGACUUUUAAUUGCUUCAGUUUUAUUAAUGUUAAGCAACCUUUGCUUAAAUAUGCAAAUCGUUCAAUUAGCUCCACGUUAUGUUAUGUAUGGCACUCAACAAUUUUUCAACGCAACCUCUGCCGCUUUAGAGCCAUGCAAUAUCUCUGCUCCACAAGGUGCUUGUGUUAUGUCUCAAAUUGGUUCUUUAACUUCACGUAUUCAAUUGGGUACUUCUUUCUUUGGAAUCAUUUUCUACUAUGCCACUUGGGUCAUUAUUGGUUUCUUCUUGGUUGGUUUAGUAGUUUCAAUAUUCAAAAAAGCUCCUUCAAAAGCUCAAUAUAAUCGUUAUGAUGAAUAUGAAGAUGAAAUUUAAAACAACUUUAAAUUCACCAAUAUAAUAAUAGUAGAAAGUAAUAAUAGUUUAAAAAUUUUCAACACACAUAUUUUGUAUAUUUUUUUAAUCAAAUCUUUUUUUAAUUUUUUUUUUCUUUUUAAAUAAAUAUAAAUCUAUAAAAACUU